AUGACUAGCGUGACAACACCGCGUGUGGAACUUGUCGUAGUGGGUGCUACAAACGUCGGCAAGACACAAAAGGGCGAUAGCAAGCCACUCGUUGAUCUCUAUUGUCAAGUACAAUGUGGAAAUAUCGUACUACGAACUGCUAAGACAAGAUCCCCUCAAUGGAUGCAAAACUUUAUAUUUGGUAUAAAACAGCCAUUAGGUGAAAGUAUUAAGUUUCAAGUGUUUGAGCUGAGUAAACGUAGACAAGACAUACUGUUAGGUACUGCCACACUAUUUCUACAAUCGGUAAUACCGGACAAAAAGAUCCUACAGAAGCUGACGUUAAUUGACGGUGAAGGAACACAUUGUGGUGAGCUUGUAGUGGAGAUUACGUAUGAAUUAAAGUAUGUGGUGCCAUCUGGAAUCAAAGACACUACAGCGUCCAGUACAAAGCCAGCAACGACGACAAAGUCAUCAGAUUCUGUAUCAUCGACAAUAAAUGAUUUGUCAUCAUCACGUGCUGUAACAAAGGAGACAAUUGCAGUGGAAAAUAUUGAUGUGGACCUAUUGACAGUGACAGCUGCUGGGUCAUUAUCGAGUGCAGAGAAAGCAGAACCUGUACGGCCUCCAAAUUUCUAUGUUGUAACGGUUCUGGAGGCGACAGGAUUACUUGCUUGUGACGGAACAGGUAUGGAGGCUACUAGUGACCCGUACGUGCGCGUCACGUGCACGAAGAACCAGUCGCAGCGGACGAAAACACAGCAGCAGACUCUUGAUCCGUCGUGGCGACAGAGGUUUUACUUCCUGAUUGUUCCAGGAGAGAAGCAAUUGCUGGAACUUACAGUUGAAGACAGCGAUCUGCUUACAAGUGACUUUAUGGGACGCUGUAUUGUCGACCUGGACGAGUUCACAAAACGUUUUGGCGGAGAAAAGCAGACGUUCUGGCUGGCGUUGGAGCAGCAAACCGAGACCAAAGACAAAUUUGCGCCAAGUGAUUUGGGUCCACAGCGCACAAUGAACUACGGAAGGGGAAAGAUUUGUCUUGCAAUCGAAUUGCAGUAUCUUGAUCGGGAUAUCAGCACCUUGGAGCAAGGCGAAAUCGAUAACGCGACUGAGGUUCCGAGCAGCCUCGGGCUGUGGCACCAAGGAAGUUCUGAAGCCGUCGAAGGCGAUGGAGCAAACAAUGGAAAUGGUGCCGAAGAUACGAAUGAAGAAUACAAGGAUGGUGGAGACGACGACGAUAUUGGUGCAAGACGGAAAGAAGCUGAAGCUCAAUGGAAGCAACGGGAAGAGGAGCGUCAGAAGAUGCUGGCUGAGCUGUCAAAUGUGCAGUUUCAAUCUGGCGACUACCAGAUUCGGGCGCGAAUUAUUGAAGUGCGCGACUUGCAGUCGAUGGACGCCAAUGGCCUGUGCGAUCCAGUUAUCUCAGUUGAGUGCCUUGGACAGCGGCAGUAUACUGUGGUGAAGCAGAAACAACUUUCGUGCGUGUUUGACGAGUAUUUGUACUUUAACUUCAAACAAUUAGACAAAGAAACUGUCCAACAAGGAAGCAUCAAGAUAUCGGUGUAUGACGCAGAUGGCCCAGGCUCGUCUGCGAAGCGGUCGGCUAGCGCUCGCGCGUUUGAUGACCUCAUUGGUUUCUUUUCUGUCGACAUUCCUUACGUGUAUUAUCAGCCAGAUCAUGAAUUGAAGCGGAAGUGGGUAGCGCUCAUCGGUAGUGGGGCAACCAACAGUGAUUGUAUUCAAGGUUACGUCCUACUGUCUCUUGUCGUGUUGGGACCUGAUGACAAAAUGAAGUUGUACGAUCCUUCAGAAGACAAAGAUCCAGAUGAACGUUUAGUGAAGUCAAAGGCUGACAUUAAUUUGAUGGUGUUGGUUCCUCCGCGCGUGACUCAGAAGCUGAGUUUUUUGGUGAUUACGAUUUAUCGAGCUGAAGAACUGCCCGACAUGGACUAUAGCAUGGUGAUGCAGGGGGGCAUCGACGGCUACGUUCGAGCAUACUUUACCGGUCAAGAUGUACUGGAGACGAAAAAGGUGACUAUGAAAGGUAGUGAAAAUCUUGCAGUGACAUUCAAUCAGGAGCUAUGGUUCCCUGUGCUUCUGCCAACUAUGAGCGAUAACAUUUUCCUGUCAGUGUGGGACUGGGACAUGGCCACUACGGACCAGCUUGUCGCCAACAUUUUACAGCCAUUUUCCUUUAAACAGGUACAACGCUACCCCAAUCAGUUUAAAAAUGUGUGGACAAACUUGUACGGCCCCCCAGUUGGCUACAGCACCGACUCCAGUCCGCUUCAAAUGAUGCAGAACCACCCCGUGUACGCCAGUACAUAUCGUGGUCGUAUCUUGCUGUCAAUGCGCGUGGAAGAUGGAUCACAGUCUGCAAAUGACGAUGCUCACGUUAGGAACCUGCUCAAUACGGCUGUUUUGCCAAGAAUGCGAAGAUACACGCUGCGUACUGCACUAUUUUACGGAACGGAAAUCCCUGUCUUUAAAAGCAAUACCAACUGGAAUCGAAACGCUCGAAUGUCGCUCAAGAUCUCAAUCGGUCGCCAUAGUGUAGAAAGCUCACGGGCGCACAACCUGGCUGGUGUUUGCCACUUUAACCAGUAUCUUGACAUUAUUGACGUGGAGCUUCCUGCGGAUCUUGACCAAGUCCCCGACGUGUUUGUGCAUCUCGUGCGUCCGACGAUGAAUGAAUCACGUUGUAUCUGUUUCGCUCGCUUUAGAGCUCAAGAUCUAUUCUGUCAAGACCCUGAAGCACUAACGGCCAUUGCACCACCUGAGUGGGUUGUGCUUCAUGAAGACAAGGUGCUGGACGAGCUGAAGGACCACGAUUUUACUGGUAACAUUCUGAUGAAUUUACGCCUCGAGGAUUCCACUCAAAAAGUGCGUAAGGAGGAGAAAGUUGCGCAACAGUGGCGACAAUAUGCAAGCACAACGGUUCAGUACAUGAAAUAUGUGCUCUUCAUUUAUGUAUUCCAAGGAAAAUGCUUACCAGCAACCGACAUAGAUGGUUUACUGGACCCGUACGUCAAGGUUUUUGUGUCGGUUCGGAAGGCCAAGUCAGCACACAACGAAAAGUUUUUGCCCAAAGUGUCGCUACAAGUCUAUGAUUGGGAUCGCUACGACACGGACGACUACGUUGGAGGUCUGAAGUUUAGUUUGGCAGAUUUUCCACCAAUUUCGUCAUCAGACUAUUCCAAGAUCCGUGCAAGUGGUGAAUAUUCGGCUCCUCGUCCGAAGUGGUUCCCUAUAUGUUACGAAGAGCCUGGUGAUACUCAAGGUGAGCUGCUUUUAUCAUUCGACCUCAUCAAAAAAGACACACCGGGAGUCAUUGUAGACCCUCCUGAGUCAAUCCGGCCACCCGCCGAAGAGGUCUUUGUAGAGAUAAUGUGCCUGGGAUGCCGUGGUCUACAACCAACAGGGUUCAUGCCCAUUAACACCCCGUUUGCGAAGUUUGAAAUUGGUGAAAUCACCAAAACAAAUCAGCCCAAGUUUACAAACCCGUCGUCUAAACCGAGUGGUCGCAACCCAAACUUCCUGCAAAGAAUCGUCGUUCCAGUAAAGAUGCCCCUUGAUUCGCUUUUUGCGCCGCGCCUUAAUAUCACGGUGUACGAUCAACUUCUUGGUGGGUUCUAUAAACCUGUGAUUGGUGUUUGUUCGGUAAACUUAAGCAGAAAAAUGCCGCUCCGAGAGUCAAAUGCAGUGUACAGUGAGGAGUGUAACAAGAGCAUUGUUCGUGGAAGUAAUCCUUAUGUCGAUUACGGUGACGAUCUAUCAACUUUUCCAGGCACAAUCCCUUCCAAAGUCCUAAAAGCUCGAUCGUUACGUGUACUGGCAGAAAAAUCGGUACCAGAUAAAUCACAUAAACUCAGGAAAGCAGGAAUGUUCGCGUCCAGUAGCUUUGGAAUUUGCGACGAUGAUGAAGACGAACUUCCACAUUAUAUGCGUCAGCGUGAUGUAGUUGAUGGUGAAUUGGAAGACACACUUCAGUCCCCAUUCGAGACCUUUACACUUUUCCGGGGUUCGAUGCCAUCACGUGACACUAUGAAACAAUCUGCAGAUACUUAUCGUCCCGUUGGAAAGUUCAAAGGUAUUGUGCGUAUUCUGAAGUCACGUGAUGAACCGCCACUUUUUGAUCUGGACCAAUUUCUCAACCCGCGGACCUAUCUUGUUCGCGUGUAUGUUUUGAAUGCGUUGAACUUGCAUCCAAAGGACGUGAACAACAGGUGCGAUCCUUACUUGCGUGUGAGUCUUGGAGACGGUAGGCGUCGCGAGCAGAUGUAUAACGACCGCACCAACUACCAGUCCGAGACUCUGGCACCAAAAUUUCACAAGAUGUACGAAUUCAAGGCAGAUUUACCAGGCGCAUCGGAGUUGAAGUUAGAAGUGCUAGAUUAUGACUUUUUUGCAAUCCCAACAAUUCCUACCGGUCUAAGUAAGGCACUAAGCACUGCAGUUGGAACUGCGAUGGAUGGCGACGAUUUUGUGGGUGCAACUGGCAUCGAUUUAGAAGACCGGUGGUUCGACGCGAAGUGGCAGGAGCUUGGUAGUUCUACGGAGUGGACUGAGCGUCGCAAGCCAUUGGAGGUUCGUCCGCUGUUUACGCCUUCUAGCGCUCGUCCUCAAGGCAGCCUUUGCUUGUGGGUGGAUAUCUUAACGGAAUCUGAGAUGAAUGUAGUGAAACCACUAGAUAUCUCGUUGCCGCCUCCGCAGAUGUUCGAAGUGCGCGUUAUCGUCUACAAGGCAAAGAAUGUGACAGCAGGGGAUUUUACCGACCUGAGUGACCUGUUUGUAAAAUGCUGGUUUCAGAAUCACGACGAUAAGUCACAAAGUACAGACAUACACUGGCGAGCUAGGCACGGGCGUGCAUCGUUCAACUGGCGCAUGAAGUUUGAUGUUGAAUUGCCACUAGACCCAGAAAAGGAAGCUGACCGUGGUUGUCUCCACUUUCAGCUGUGGGAUCGCGACGUCGUCUAUGAUGACUGUCUUGCUGAUGCCAUGGUGGACCUUACGUCGUUUCUCAAGGCGGCGUUCAAAACGAAGCAGGCAGUUAAUGUGUUUGCCAAGCCAAAACCCAUUCGUAUACGUGGGAGUGAGAACAUGCCGUACAAAAGCACCUCGCAGCGCUUGAGAUACUCUGCUACAGAAGGCGCCACUUCUGUAGCUCAUUUGCAACCACCUUGUUCCAAUGAAGUCGUUAUCUCGAUUGCAGAUGGAGACGGAAAGGAGGCGGAUAGACAGCCCUUGCUUUCCGGAAAUCUAACUACUGAUGACGACGACGACACAGAAGAUGAUGAUGUGGACGCUGACAUGGAGAAUGCCGAAUCACUUGUCAAAUCAUUCAUGCAUCGUCUAGGUAUGGGAGACGACCCGGAAGAUGCCAACUGGCUUACGAUGACAACCCGUGAUUCUAACACGGGUGAUCGUGUGCGUGCUGGUGAGCUACUAGUGGCAGUGGAAAUCCUGCCAAAAUAUCUAGCAGAGGUGCGGUCGGCUGGAUUGGGGCGAGGAGAGCCCAACAAUUUUCCAUUCCUGCCGGAGCCCGCCGAUCGUCUACAUCUCUCAGCAAUGUGGAACCCUUGCUACGUGUUGGAGGCACUCAUGGGAUCCAAGUACUACCGCACGUUUGCUUCGUUUUUCCUUUGCACGAUGUUCACGAUGCUUGUGUUGUUUGCUGGACCUCUCAUCAACGUGCUUUUGACACUCUUUGAGCUGAUUCCACAACCCUUUGGAUUCAUUUUCUUUUUCGCGGUGCUGACAUUGUUAAUGGCUACUCUCGUUUAUCUGAUCUACCGUUGCCGCCGAGCCAUCAUUCGAUAUUCAAGUGGAGAUAACAAGAACUUAUCGACACGUACCAAGAGUAGAAAACGUAAAGUUCACCGAGCUUUGCGCUAA